GCGGCUGCCUCUACUACGUGGGACCCAAGAAGGAGGAGAAGCGUGAGGUGAUCGUGGAUCCUGAACGGAGGCGGCAAGUCUUUCUGGAAAGUCAUUUCACUGAAAUUGGGAACCAUCUGGGACAGAAAAAGACCGUGCACCGGAUUCAGAGCCGGUACUACUGGCUGGGGAUUGUGAAGGAUGUUGUGGACUGGAUCAAAAUGUGUGAAACAUGCCAGAACGCAGAGCACAACAAGAACGUGUCACGGAAAGCAAGGCCUGUCAAAGCAGAAUCACCCUGGGAAGUGCUGGGAUUAGACAUUCACGGACCUUUUCCUGAGACCAGCCAGAGCAAUACACAUGUCCUUCUUGUGACCGACUACUUCACCAAGUGGGUUGAGGCUGCUCCUCUGCAGAAGAAAGAUCCCUUGUCAGUGGCUAAAGCCCUAGCUACAGUUUUUUACAGGUUUGGAGCAUCCAAGAACAUUUAUGCCAAUCAGAGCUGGGACUUCUGUGAGGAGGUCAGCCGGCAUUUAUGUGAGCGCUGGAACAUCUCACAGAUCCUCACCCCUGCAGACCCCGCAGACUGCGCAGGCCUGGACGACCGCAGUGCUGAGGUGCUCAAAUCCUCCAUCUGCAGUGUGGUGAAUGAGAAGCCCAGUGAAUGGGACACCCACCUCGACCCCGUGCUUUUUGAUUUCCGCACCUCCAUCAACUCCGUCACGAAGUACACCCCCUUCUUCCUCAUGUUCAACAGAUACGUGUGUCUGUCAUCCGAGGUGGAUUUUGUCAAGGACUCUAAAGAGCACGAGGCUGGCUCCGGCAAGGCAGACGGCCUCCUGCCAUUCACAGCUGCCAUUCAAGAGCAGCAGAAUGCGGUGAAAGAAAUUGUGAUCGCCAACAUGACCACAGCCUACAAGCGGGAGCGGAAGAGUGUGAAAAGGAAAAGUCGGGGCCUGCCCUCUCUUUCCUUCAAAGUGGAAGACAACGUGUUUGGGAGCAGCGCCGCCAGCUCCCUGAAGAAGCUGAAGAAGGGCCAGUUUGUGUCGUUUCAGAUCGAGACAGUCCUGCCACCUGAGCAGAGUAUGUCUGUUGUGAAGAAAACCAGUUAG